ACCCGUGAGGUUAGCACCCGGAGCAUCCAGGGAUCACUGGUAUACAAACUGUUCCCUCACAGAUGAGAAGCAUCAGAGUGGGAUAGGGAGUCAUCCCAGAUUCAGAGACGAUAAAUCACACAGCGAUAUACUCACCUCAUAUCACCUCAUUUCACCUCACAUCACCUCUACGGCUGAACCUGUGAGAAGAGAGACAGAGCCUAACGUGAACUCUGUUCAUCCGUUCAUCUCAUCCGUCCCCCACCAGAGGAAGAUGAUGCAAUCAGUGUAUGAUGACCUGUCCAAGCAGAGGAUACAGCAAGCCAAGGCUCUGUGUACAGAGGCCAGGGGAGGAGGUAUGAACUUGGGGAAGAAGAUCAGUGUUCCCAAGGAUGUGAUGAUGGAGGAAUUGAACCUUCCGUCCAACCGCGGCUCCCGCAUGUUCCAGGAGAGACUGAGACGGGUGGAGAGAUUCACACUGGAGAACCAAGUCCAUGACCAUUACAGCAAUGGCCUUCCAGAGCCCUUGCCCCCCCAUACCAUACAGGGGCCCCAGAGGGGAAAAGAGAACCAGGCAUAUCUGAUGCCUGGCAACCACAGCCUGAUCACCACUCUACAGAAGACUGAGGCCAUGAACGGCAGCCCCAACGUCAUUGCCCCAGGCUACGUGGGCCCCCUGAAGGAGAUCCCUCGUGAGAAGUUUAACCUGACAACCAGGUCCUACUGUUCCCCCUGGAGGGAAGCCCUGGGUGACAGUGACGACCUCAGGUCCUCCCUCAGCACCCAGUUCCCACAGAGGGCCACACUACAGCCUGCCAACUACAGGUGUUUCAACAGAGCGGCCAUGCCAUUCGGAGGCGCACAACAGAAGAGUGUGAGGGUCAUCCCAGUGAUGGGGUUCGAGCUGUUGGACUCCCAGCGCCUCCCUGGUACGACCCUGGACCGCAUGUGUAAACGGCCCAACUUCAACAGAGUACCACGGGGAUGGGGUCACGACUACUCCCCUGAAUCCACCGACCUGUGAGAGGACCACCACUCACCUAUUACCUUCAAACUUCCUGUGACCUUUGUGAAAUCGCAGGCUAAAAGACUUAAGCAUCGUUUUACACUUAUUACCCUUCCCUCCUGAUUCAAAGAUGACUCCCUCUAGAGUAGGUAGCCCCAAACUAUUUUUAUAUUAAGAUGCUUUCAUCUAUUUAAAUGGUUAUAUUAGGAUAAGGGUCUGUGGUUAGGGGCAAGUUCUAACUCGAGCCCUCUGGUAUUCAGUCAGUGCAAUAGGGAAAGACAUGGGUGAAUGAUAAGAUUGUUUCCUGAUGAGAGCUCUGUGGAUGGGCCUGUGUGGAGGCCAACUGAGGACUUCUGAAUCAAUCAACAGUUCAUUAUGAGAGUUGAGCCCAGGCAAAUGACGGCCAGUUGAGGGGAGAGGUGAUUUGUCUCUAUAAUAAAAAAACGCCCUCUUCCUUAGCCCAACUGCCCCAUUUCCCUCACCACUUGCCUCCCAACUCUACAUAACCUUUGGCUCCCUUCCCUCUCUCUCCUACCAUCACACUUCCUUCCUCCGUCUUUCUUGCCCUCUGUUAUAAAGGAUUGAUUUUGUGAUAUUGAUUGCUUUAAAUGUAAAUGAUAGAGAACUUGUUUUAAUGGCAGAAGUGGACAACAAAACAAUAAUAAACCGAAUCAUUUUUGUGGAAAAUGAACAUUGUAUCAAAAAUCAAAUCCAUAAUAUGAAUGAAAAUCAACAGGUCUAAAAAUUGUCCUUUCAAGGGGCUGCUCUGCAGGAUGCCUUGUACAUUUCAACAAUUUCUCCAUUCUGAUG